GUGUCUGUGCUCUUCAGAGCAUGCAGUGACUUCCUGAUCGGAACCCUGGAGCUCUCCAACUGCCUGAUGCUAUUGAUCCUCACCGAGGGAUACAGUUCCGCCUCCCUCCUCCAGCGGGCCAAUGAGUUUGUAGUUCAGAACUUUCACGACCUCUCAAUGACUCCAGACUUCCUGGAUAUGCCGUUGAGGAGCCACUCUGAUAGGUUCCCAUUGUAAUUUAUUGAGACUCACAAAAAUAAGUUUGUGCAUUGAAAUAAAAGGGCCCUAGCACUAGCACACCUGAUUCAACAUAUCAACUCAUCAUCAAAUUGAAUCAGGUGUGUUAGUGCUAGAGCAAAUACACCCCUCUGGGUCCCCAGGACCAGAAUUGGGAAACACUGAAGUAGAUAGCUACUCCUUUUAGCUUUGAGAUAGUCACUAUGUGAGCCAUGUAAAAGUGUGCAUGGGUCCACUCCCCCUGAAGGAUUUAAAAGGAUUUAAAAGCAUUGGAUUGCUUUUAAACACUAAUGUUGGGAAACACUGAUCUACUUCCUGUCCUCCCAGGUGGGCGUGCUGGAGGUAUGUCUGGGGUCGGACAGUCUGAGCGUGCCCAGUGAGGAGGUGGCGGUGAGGUCAUUGCUGAGGUGGACAAGUCACGACCUCCAGACCAGACAGAGGCUGUUGCCACGGCUACUUGCACUGCUAAGGCUACACCACGUACCCACACACACCCUGCUGGUACACACACGCGCGCAGGCGCACGCACACACACACACCCACACACACACACCCACACACACACACACACACACAUAUGAAUGGGGAUUUUACCAGUCAAAAUGUGUGUGUGUGUGUGUGUGUGCGCCUGCGCGCGUGUGUGUACCAGCAGGGUGUGUGUGGGUACGUGGUGUAGCCUUAGCAGUGCCCCAGACAUGGGGAAACCCCGUACCAUGCACACAUGUGUCACCACCCUGGGCAGACUGUAUGUGCUAGGAGGGAGGACCAGAGGAGAGAGGGAUGGGGCUCCUAGCCUAAUGGAGGUGAGGAUGAGGAUAAUUAUGAUAAUUAUGAUGAUGAUGAUGAUGAUGAUGAUGAUGAUGAUGAUGAUGGAGUACUACGACCCCCUGGCCAAAACACACACACACACACACACACACACACACACACACACACACACACAAUGCACACAGAUACACGCACAAAAAUACAGAAACCCCCACACACAUACACACAUACCUCUAACCCUCCCUGUGGCCUCGUAUUACCCAGAAUCCAGUGCAAUCUACACAUUGGGGUCAUCGGUGGAGAUAUCGGACUCCUUCAACCCUUCGCUGGACUGUUUCCUGCGCUACGAUGCCGUCUCUGACCAGUGGAGCCACCUGUUGGCAGAGUUUGGUCAGUUUUUCCACGCCACCUUGGUCAAGGCUGUGUCCGUCAACAACACUCUACACCUCUGUGACUUGUCUAUGUAUAAGGUGACUGACUUGUUGAUUGACUGGUUGAUUGAUUGAUUGAUUGAUUGACUGAUUAUUUGAUUGAUGGAUGUCUCCAUCUACAAGUAUUUUUGUAUUUCUUUAUCCUUCAUUUAAUCAGGCAGGUCCUAUUGACAUAGAUACAGUACAUAGGGACUUUGUCAUUAAAACAAACUUGACAACAAUUCUACGAAAUUCCUGUGUUCUGUGUUCUGUCCAGGUGUACAGCUUCUGUCUGGAGACGUGUGUGUGGCAAGGGGAGGGGUCGUUCGAGUGUGCCCGGUGCAACGUAGGUGCCGUGGGCGUGGCCAACCGAAUCUACAUCCUGGGAGGAGACUACUCACCUGAUGAGAUCACUGACGAAGUCCAGGCGUACCACAGUGGGCGGGGCCAGUGGGAGGAAGUGACACCAAUGCCACACCCCCUGACAGAGUUUCACUGUCAGGUCAUCAGCUUUCAACAGAUACAGAGACCCCUGGGGAGGGAGGGACAU